AUGUGACUUUUCCACCAUCCGCCUCUCGCUCGACACUUUCCGUCUCACCGGGCUGCACUCGGCUGAAUAAUUCUGGUCCCGGACGGGAGCGGGAUCCGUUCCAGCGGAGGAGGGGAUGAUUUGACCCUGAUUUCCUGAAACGCUGUCCAUUCAUAAGCGGCACUCCAGAGGAAGUGGAGCAUCGAAGUUCUCUUCUCCACCGGACCGGAUGCCAGCGCGAUGCAGUCAUGACCGUCCGGAGCAGUGAGCGCGGCCACGGUUGACGGGCGGCCACCUCCCAUGGCUGACCCCUCUGCUGGAGGAAGACCGACCGAACCGGAGCCGCGGGAGCGACGCCGCGGUGGCGUCUUCAUGUUGAAUGACGUUUGAGAAUCGAGUUGGUCAGAGGAGCAGCAGCAGCAGCAGCGAUGGCCGCUAAAGAAGAGCUGUACGCCAAAGUGACCCCGCGCAGGCAGCGCCAGAUCCGACCCAACACCAUCAAACACGGCUCCACUCUGGACGUGCUGCUGUCCAUGGGCUUCCCCAAGACCAGGGCCCUGAAAGCUCUGGUGUCCACCGGAGGGAAGAACGUCCAGGCGGCCUGUGACUGGCUCUUCUCCCACGUGGACGACCCCUUCCUGGACGACCCGCUGCCGCGGGAGUACGUGUUGUACCUGCGACCCAGCGGCCCGCUCCUGCAGCAGCUGUCCCACUUCUGGCAGCAGUCUCGCGUCUCCUGCGGCAAGAAUAAGGCUCACAACAUCUUCCCUCACAUCACCCUCUGCCAGUUCUUCAUGUGUGCUGACGGGAAGGUAGAAGCUCUGGCUGACGCCCUCCAGACCACCGUGACCAACUGGAAGGGUCGUCUGCCGACACCCCUCCCGUUGGAGCUCUACACUUCCGCCUCAUUUAUCGGCCUGUUCGUGGAGGAGCAGGUCGCUGAGGUUCUCAAGAACUUCUCAGCAGAUUUCGCCACAGAAGCCGCGGCCAAAGCAGACGUUCACGUGGAGACCCACAAGAAGCAACUUCACGUCACGCUGGCGUACCACUUCCAGCCGAGUCACCUUCCCGCCCUGGAGAAGUUGGCCAAGAACGUGGACCUGUCUUCAGGGUGCGACUGGCUGGCCGUGCUGCUCUCCAGGGACAUCCGCUUUGCUAAUCACGAGACGCUCCAGGUCAUGUACCCAUACGUGCCUCAGAAUGACGACGAGCUGGAGCUGGCUCCUGGAGACUUCAUCUUCAUGUCUCCAGUGGAGCAGAGCACGGCCAGUGAGGGCUGGGUGUACGGAACCUCGCUGGGGACUGGACUGUCGGGCCUUCUGCCCGAGAAUUACGUCAACCGAGCCGACGAGUCUGACACCUGGGUGGUCCACGGGUCUCACUCCAUCCUGAACUGUGCCUCUCCCUCCAACUCUGCCAGCACCAUGAGCGGCUUGUUGUCAGACGGACAGCCGGGCGACAGUUUGCUGGACAGUCUGGUGGAAUCUCCACACCUCACCAGCCUCUGCCCCCCCAUGCAGGUGACUAGAGCCCCGGGUGCUUCGUCACUGGCCAAGAUGAAGCUGUUUGUUUGCCGGCACGGAGAGAGGAUGGACGUGGUGUUUGGGAAGCACUGGGUCACGCAGUGUUUCGACUCCAAAGGUCGCUACGUUCGCUCCAAUCUCAACAUGCCGUCCAGCCUUCCUGCCCGGAGUGGAGGUCACCGAGACUUUGACAAAGACUGUCCCAUUACUGUCUUUGGCUCCACUCAGGCCCGUCUUGUUGGUGAAGCCCUUUUAGAAAGUCACACCACCAUCGACUUUGUGUACUGCUCCCCUUCUCUUCGCUGCGUCCAGACGGCUCAGCACAUCCUGCAGGGCCUUCAACAAGACGGAAAGACUAAAAUCCGCAUUGAGCCUGGAUUGUUUGAGUGGACCAAGUGGGUUUCAGGCACAUGUUUGCCCACCUGGAUCCCCCCGACUGAGCUGGCCGCCUCCAACCUCAGUGUGGAUACAACAUACAGACCUCAUAUUCCCGUAAGUAAGCUGGUGGUGUCCGAGUCCUACGAAACUUACAUCAGCCGGAGCUUCCAAGUGACCAGAGAGAUCCUGACCGAGUGCAAAAACCUGGGAAACAAGGUCCUGAUUGUAGCCCACGCUUCCUCCCUGGAGGCCUGCACUCGGCAGAUUCAGGGUCUCAGUCCCCAAAACUCCAAGGACUUUGUCCAAGUCGUCCGGAAGAUUCCAUACUUGGGGUUUUGCGCCUGUGAAGAGCUGGGAGAGACCGGAGUUUGGCAGCUGGUUGACCCGCCCAUCUUGCCUCUGACUCAUGGACCAAAUCAUAGUUUUAACUGGAGGGAAAUGCUCAUGCAAGACUGAAGGAUGAGGCUUAUUAUGGCCUGUGCGCAACCGUGAGCUGCAGAAACUAUAUUUAUUUUUAAAUGCACAUUGCUACAAAUGCAGCCCAAAUACCAAAAGACAAAAAAAAACACAUCUGGCUUCCAUCAAAGGCAUUUUGAAACGACCUAGAUCCAGCUGUUCAGAUGCAAAGCUCAGGAAUGGUAAGAUACACAGAGGUUUGUUGUUGCCCACGAGGCCCCGAAUGAUAAUAAUAGAAUUAUAGUAAUCAUGUCUGCUGAUAAUUUGGGGUCAAAUUUCCUAUCUUUUACUGCCCUUUUUCUGCCGCCUCUCACACUGUGAUAAGAAAUAUUUUGCAUAUUUCAGAAACGUUACUACAAGCCUGGUAAGAACUAGCACAAGAAACUUUGACAAUCAUCAGAGAAGUUUAAAUCUUCCUGGUGUAACGUGUAGCUGUCUACACACGAUUGAUUCAUGAAGUAACUAUGAAGUCAUUUUUCUCUUUAUUAUUAUUAUUGCUUUUGUGACAGUCGCCAGUAGAUCAAGUAUCUAUCACACACGUAUUAUAAAGCACAGAAUGGUUUUCAGUCGGAUUAAGUUACUAAAUUAAUAAUUAAGCUGCAUUUAUUUACCUGUAUUAUUUGUAAACAAAACAGGGACAUUUUUAUUUCAUAUGAUUUUGGUGCUUAGUGCUUGUGUCAGCUACUGGCUGUUUCACUGAAGAUGCUUUUGACGCUCUGAAAACUGAAUAAAGCAAGAUUUUCAAACCCUACAGCACAUUCCUGUGAGCUGUUGCCUUUAGUUUUGUCUGCGGUGAAUUUUCAGGAGAUGAGAAAAUUCAGGUUUUGUCCAUGUUUAAGUUAAGAGAACGUGUUGCGGAGAUCUGUCGUUCUACAUUAGAUGAAGAUUUGUUUU